AUGAUCAAGCUAACAAGUAACUACCGUCAAAAAAGGUUUCAACGUGCAGAAAGUCAUAUCCCGUCAUUUGUUCUGCAGGCUAGUGAACCGGAUGACGUUGAAUUUGUGGAUGGAGAUGUGGAUUGGAUUGAAGAUGAGAAUCAGUCUGUGAACAAUUCGGAUGAUGAAUCGAUUAACGAGGCUGAAGUGGUGGACAGUAGUAUGGAUGUUGUACAGUAUUUUUCACCUACUCAAGAUGAUACAUUCAAAUUGCUCUCAGGCCAUAAAGAAAGCGUCUUCUGUUUAGAUUUUGAUAGUACUGGUAAAUUUCUUGCAUCCGGUGGACAAGAUCAUAUUGCUAUAAUAUGGAAUGCAGCAACUGGUGAAAUUGAAUUCAUUUGUCAAGGUCAUGAUGAUUCUGUGAAUUGUGUUAGUUUCAGUCCAAAUGGGGAUUAUUUAUGCACUGGUGAUAUGGCUGGAAAUAUUCGUAUUUGGUUAAGACCAUUGAUAGAGGAAAAUUCAAAAGAAUGGAAAUUAUUAAGAACAGAAACUGUCAAUGAUUUAUUAUGGAUUAAAUGGUGGAUAUCACCUUCAAAUGCUGUACGAAAUAUGAACAAUAAACUAUCAAAACCUGCUCUACUCUUAGCCGGUGAUGAACAUAGUCAUGUUAAUUACUGGGCUGUAAGUUCUAGCAUAUCAGACAAUCAGGGGAAGUGUAUAUCAAUGGCGUAUACGUUUGAUCUUGAUCAAGCUGCAUUAGAUGGAAUAAUUUUACCAAGUUCUUCAAAUACUAAAAAUCCAAAGUUAGCAGUACUUCAUCGAAAUGGUGAUCUACGUAUAUGGGAUAUAAAAACAAUAACAUUAAUUGGUUCUAUUAAAUUAUUUGAUAAAUAUUCUUCAUUAUCUAAUCAAUAUGGUCAACAUUUAGAAGUUUAUCAAAUGAUUUCAUUACAAUCAUUGAAAAAUCAAUCUAAUACAAAUGAUAACUCGAAUCAUGAUUUAUUAUUAAUUGCUGGAAAUGGCUUCAUAUGUCCUAUCUCUAUUAAAUUUGAUGGUGAAUUACGUUUUAAGAUUUUAGAUAUCAUUAAAACAGGUGAUGAUGGAUCCGUUGAAGCAUUAAACUGUUCUUGGACACAUCCAUUAUUUGCUUUUGGCUCUAUCACUGGUGUACUUGGAAUUUGUGAUGCUCAUACUAUUCGUGUUCGUCAAAAAUGGACGUACAUAGAUGAAGAUGACGCGCAACCUAUCGGUAUUACAUCAUUAUGUUGGAGUCGAUAUAAACCUAUAUUUUUCACAGCUACCACUAAAGGUUCCAUAGUUGCAUGGUGUGGUAUCACUGGAUUAACAGGAAAAUCUUCAUCUGGUUUAUUAACAGAAAAAACUCCUUUAAAAAUAUGGUGGGGUCAUAAAGCAAUGAUUCUUUAUUUAACUUUACCACCAUUUUGUAAAUCUAUGGAUGAUAAUAAUAAUGAUAAAAUUGAACCAUUCUUGUGUACAGCAUCAGAUGAUUCAACUAUUCGAUACUUUGCUAUUGAUAUUUCAUCAUAAUUCUAUGUUCUUUUUAUCUUUUGUUUCUUGUUUCCUUUUUGUUUCUGUUAUAAAGAAAUUCUGUUUGGAAAAGCAACUUAUACAUAUUUUGAUAUGGUAUUCGAUCUUCUUCUGGUUCGAUAUCUAUGAAAUUGAUUUGUUCUGUAUCUGUUUUUGUGAUUGAGAUCGUGGAUGUGCACUGCUGAGAAGUCCCACAAUAGGACGAAAUGGUCGUCUAGGUUUCCAACGGUGGUCUAACAUCAAUCGGUUCAUGAUCUCAAUCAAAAACUUAAUAAUCUCCACAACCCCCAUACUACAUCUGUUUGUCAUAAAUUCAUUGCCGUCAUGAAUUAUACUGAAAGUAAUACACCUCUGUGUAAAUAUAAUUUAUGUGACUCUUGAGAGAAGCAAUAUUAGAGGUAGUUAGGAAG